AUGUCUCCUCGGUCAAGGGGCGUGAAGCGCAUCGCUGAUGUUUGGGGGUUUUCCUCCUCCAACAACCAUGUCUGCCGAUCAUGUCGACAAGCUCUUUCUCAGCAAAGGGCCGCAUCAACGGCAACAGUAAAAGCCACAGUCGAAGCUCCCCCUGUUACACAGCUCUCUCCAGACGGCCCUGAAGCGUCUCCUGCCUCUCAGCCCAUCUACACGAUCAAAGCCGGAGUCGUGGUGUCGCGACCUCCGCUGAUCACUCCAGACCCCCAUCCCUUCGAAACAGCCUAUUUUCUAUACCAGAGACGACUGAACGAGCGUCUGGUCCUGCCAUUCACCCAAUACUUCUAUUACAAACGAGGCACGCCGGCCUUUGAGAACUGGCGGAACUAUCGUAGACAGCGCGCCGGAGCUGCCACGAGAGACAUCGGAAAGUACAAUGCGUACACGCCAGAAUCGUGGAACGAUGAAGUCUUGAUCGGCGACGACUCGGGAUCUCAGUCGAAAUUGGUCCAGGAACUCAUCGCGGAAGAAGGGCGAGCAGAAGACUUUACUGGCGCCGGAGAUCCCAAGUUCGCCGGGCUGAAGAGAACAAUGCCCGCAGACGAGACCAACGAUCAGCGGAGUCUGGAACGGAGCUUGCAGCGCACGCUCUACCUGCUGGUCAAGAACAAGAAGGUCGCAAAGACUCAAGAGGAGAGCGAACUGUGGAAGUUCCCCAGCGGGACUCUCAUAGGUUUUGAGGGGUUAAAAGAGGCUGCGCAACGAAUUUUGUUCAGCUCUCUGGGUCCCAACAUGAACACUUUUUUCGUUGGUAACCACCCGGUCGGCCACUACGUAUACAAAUUCGCGUCACCGAUCCCGAAUCCAGCACCACCUUCCGCAACUACCGAAGCAUCAAAAGCCUCGGCCAAAGCGCCGCUCAAACAGUACAAGGCCGCAGAGGGUGACAUGAUCGAUGGAGAAAAGACGUUUUACAUGAAGGCACGUAUCCUGGCUGGACAAGCUGACUUGGCUGCUGCGAAGAAGAACGGCGUCGAUAUUGAAGACUACAAGUGGCUGAGUAAGGAGGAAGUAGAAAAGCACGUUCAUCCGGAUUACUGGGUGAGGAUUAAGAAUAUGUUGGUGGCGCAGUAA